AGAAAGAAAGGAUGCUUCAUAGGCUGAUUUUUGAAUUCUUCCUCUUUUCAAAGUCUGAGGUUUGAACAUUCAUGAACAGUUGACUGUUUGAAUCGUAUAAUGCAAUACCUGUUCCUCUGGCUUAACGUUGCAAUAUUUCCCACACCGCAGGAUUGCUUCACAUUAUUCUAUGAGGCAGUGUCAUUUUCUCUGCAGUGCUGGUCUUCUUUACUGAAACGAAGGACACUCCUACUUCCUUUAAUUAUAUGUUUUGUUUUAAAUUGAUGUCUUUUAUUUUGAGCAUGAAUCACCAGCUUGUAAACAGGUAAAUGUGGGAGUAAAAGGGAAAACAUAAGUUUGAUUCCCAAGGUGGGUGUCUUUAAUUAAAAUGGACAUAAGAAUUUAUUCUUACUUCCCAAAUUUACCAUGCCCCCCCCAAGUCAAUUUGACUUAAUAAAUUAAUAAAUCAUUGCAUCCCAUGCCUUUACGUGUAUAUAUCUCACUUUUUUCCAUUAAUUUUAAAUACAACUCCCAGAGCACAAACUCCAUAGCACUUGUGUACUCUGACAAUUGCAACAUACCAUAUAAGGCAAACAUGCCAGGCCAAACUUUAAGGCCAUCCACCCUGCACACAGAGGUGGGAAGGGGAGUUUUGGAUUUGCCUGGCACUUCUAAUCAUGGCCAGAUACAGAGAGGGUCUUCUGAGGCAGUGCCUUACCCUGGUUUGAGCCCAACACAGUAUGCUUUUUACACCCACUGUGGCAACCUGGUUCUGAGUGCAUCUGUAUGGGACAAUUUUGCCUGCCAGCAUGAUAAAAUUCAUAGGGCACUGGAUUGGUAUUAAGAUCUGGCUUCUAUUCCUGGCUCCAGGGCUGUCUCUAGGGGGGUGCAGGCCCAGGGUGGAAGUAACAAAUCCGUCACUUCUGGGACUGACCCGUCACUUACGGGACCGACCACACCGGCCAAUUGCAUUGGCCUGCGGGGCCUACCAAAGCGUGGGGCCCGGAGCAGUCGCCCCCAUUCGCCAUACCCAAGGGAUGGCUUUGCCUGGCUUUACCCCUGACUGGAUGAGCUACCUUGGGUAAAUCUCUUAACUUCUGUGCCUUAAUACGUAAAAUGAGAAUACUGACACUCACCCGCCUUUGUACGACACUGAAAGAUCUACAGAUGAAAUCUACAGACAUCACAAGCCUCAGAGACAAUGGAUCCAGCCCAUACUGGCCUCUAUGAGCCACAUCUGGCCACUUGCUGUCCCCACAGCUGGACACUGCUAAAGCCUGAGUGGUUUGGGAUGGGGAGGGAGAAGAAAAGGGCUGGACUCUGGGGAAGAAGGACAGGGGUGGAUCUGGUGGCUGCUUUUUCCUCCUCUCUGAGGACAGAUUGGAUCGGGCAGGGGAGAGACUCAAGCGUUUAUGCCCAUACUGGUACAUGGGCAGAUGCAGUCUCCCACUGUGUGUGUGCAUUUGUCCUAGGGUCACACCAGGGUUGAUUGCCGUCCAGUGACAUCUCCUGGAGAUUUGACAACAGCCAGAGAGAAGACAGGAGAAGGCUGCGAUCCCUUUCUCCGUCUCAAAUCUUUCCCUCCCCUUAAUGAUGGUGAGAAUAAGUCACCUCCGCUCCGAAGCCAGCCCUGUUUUUCUUAUGAAUGACUAGGUCAGAGUCACACACACCAAGUGCCUCCCGCGGAGCUAGAGGCGGUAGUUUACAAUUACAACUGUACAAAGUGUGCACCAGGUGGCAGCCAGCCAGCCAGUGACGCUCCUGUUGCCAUGGGAUCCACCGCCCCUAUAAAUAACAGCAAAGGAACUUUCCUAAGUCAGAGACUUUAGGACUCGGGACCUAGAACCAGAUGGUCCGGAGGAGAAGCAGCAGCCGCCGCCGCAGCAGGAUCUGAGCCAGCCCAGGUGGGCAGCACAGCUGGGACGCCGGACCCAGCACCAGAGACUGAGGCAGGAGUUGCAGGCCCCCCCACGUCACCUUUGGCAGCUUGAUCCUGUGGCUGGGGGCCCCCCCCUGCGCUGUCUCCUCCUCCCUGCACCCCCCCUUUGCUUUCAUGCAACGCCUGGUGGCCUGGGACCCAGCAUGCCUCCCCAUCCAGCCGCCCGCCUUUAAAUCCAUGGAAGUGGCUAAUUUCUAUUACGAGGCGGACUGUCUGGCUGCUCUGAGCAAGGUGCACCCGCGGGCGGCAGGGGGCCGCUCCAUGACUGAGUUCACCGUAGGGGACCACGAGAGAACUAUCGACAUCAGCCAUUACCUGGACCCCUUAGCAUCCCAGCCGCCGCCGCCGCAGCCUCCUCCCGCAGGAGCAGCAGCAGGGGGCAACUUUGAGCCUCCCUGCAGCAGCAACGGCAGCCAAGAUUUCCUCUCCGACCUCUUCUCCGAGGACUAUAAAGGCGGCAGCAAGAAGCCCGACUACACCUACAUCAGCCUGCCCCGGCACUGCCACCCGGGCGCCGGCCAGGGCCAGAAGCCCGGGGGGCUGCUGACCUGCUUCCCGCCCCAGAUCGUGGAGACCAAAGUGGAGCCGGUCUUCGAGUCCCUGGACUCUUGCAAAGGGCCCUGUAAGGAAGAAGGAGGCGCGGGGCCGGGGCCGGGGGGCAUGUCCUCCCCCUACGGCAGCACCAUGCGCUCCUACCUCGGUUACCAAUCGGUGCCAAGCGGCAGCAGCGGCAACCUGUCCACCUCGUCCUCUUCCAGCCCCCCCGGCACCCCCAAUCCGUCCGAUUCCUCCAAAUCCGGCGGCGGGGGCUACGCCGGGACCCCCGGGGGCAAGAACAAGUCCAAGAAGAGCGUGGACAAGCACAGCGACGAGUACAAGAUCCGCCGGGAGAGGAACAACAUCGCGGUGCGCAAGAGCCGGGACAAAGCCAAACUGCGCAACCUGGAGACGCAGCACAAAGUCUUGGAACUGACCGCCGAGAACGAGCGGCUGCAAAAGAAAGUGGAGCAGCUCUCCCGGGAGCUGAGCACCCUCAGGAACUUGUUCAAACAGCUGCCCGAGCCCCUGCUGGCCACAUCUGGCCACUGCUAGCCCCACCGCUGGACACUGCUAGAGCCGCAGUGGUUGGGGUUGCGGGGGGAGGGAGAGGGAGAAAGGGCUUGAAUUUGGGGAAGGAGGAUGGGGGGGGGGGGAUCUGGUGGCUGCUUCUUCCGUCCCCUAUGAGGACGGAUUGGAGCGGGGAGGGGGGGGAAAUGGGGAGAGACUCAAGGUUUUUGUUUUUUGUUGUUGUUGUCUUUUAUUUGCAAUUUGGUGGAAAAAAACUUCCGCCGCAGCCUGUUUGUCCUAGGAGGGGGACUCUCCUGGCGGGCGCCAGGGUCCUCAGCCCCGUGUGGCGGAAUGACAGUUGCCGAUGGUAAUUUUUUUUUUUAAUGUUACAGUCCCACCGAGCCCCCCUUUCCCCGAAGCGGUCUCUCUGCAGAGUUUGUUGAAUGUUCGUGUUAUUUAAACCAGAGCGAGAGAGGGAGAGAAAAAGCAGAGAGUGAUGCAAUCCUUUAAACAUGGCUGGGAAUGCUGUGUACACAUGAUGCAAUCUCGUGUAACUGUCAGUCAUGAAUUGAGUAAUCUGUUAAAGAUGUUCCUGGGUUUUUUUUUUAUUAUAAAGAAAAAUCUAUUUCUAUAAGAAAAACACAUAUGUAUAUUUUGGGAUCUAUAAACGUUCUUGCUACAUUCGAAGCAUUAAUGAACAAUUUUAAUAAACUGUAUGGCUAGGGAAAAAAAGGAAACUUGUUUUAUUUUAAAGGCACUUUAAAGCCAGAAUGAAAUCAGUUGAAAUGCCAGCUAGAUCUGGCUGUGUCAGGAAUCAGGGCUUUCUGUUGGCCUUUUGACUUUCUCUGUGACUCAGCAAAAAAACGGGAGAGAACCAGAGAAGAGCAGCUGUGGGAGCUUCAGCCAGUUCCCCCUUGCUGCCUCACUGAAUUUCCUCUAAUCCCUUGAGUUAAAUGCUGUUUGGGAUUUUUUGCAACACUCAUAACUCUCAACAUGCCAAGACCCAGAGGUGCCAUCCAAACCAUGAAAAAUGUUUAACAAAGUCCCUCCAAGCGAGGGACAAGGUUAAAGCGUGGGAGCGGGUGGGGAAAAGAAAAAGUAAAGGAGGAAGCUUGAAAUGAGGAGGGAUUCUUUCUUUAAAGCUCAAGUUUUUGUAUCAUGUUUCAUGACUCAGCAUUUCUAAUGUCUGUGGUUUACAGCAAUGAAUAGUGAUAACAUGGCAUUUUUGUGUUGGAUGGCGGUAAAUUUGGGCCAGCAACGAGGGACCUCUCUCUCACAUAACUAGGUCCCGUGAUACAUGUGUGAACAACUCUCUCUAUAAUUUCCUAUUGAGCCUUCUUUUUAAAACGUUUUUCUAAAGGAAGCUGCUGAAACAGUUGAGUUUUGGAAAGGUGGGUGUGUGGUAAUGGUGGUGGUAGUGAACAGGUCAGGUAUGUGGUUUAGGGUAAAAGUUAGGGUAUAGGAGGAUGUGUGUAUGGAGCCGUAAGAACUCUGUGACAAAAAUAAUAGAGGCUCGGCCAGCAGAUGUACUAUGUGGGAUUUGUCAAGGCCUGUGAGUUACACAAAACUCUCUAUAGUUUGCUCUUGUGUACGUGCCUGUAAAAUGUUAUGAGAGCCUAGAGCUGAUUACGUGCAGGGAGUUGGGUACAUGUUCAGGUCUUAUUCAGCAUUUUCCAACAUACUAGGCCUACUCUGAGCACAUCCAUCUUCUAAAUCCAGAUGUCGAAAACUACCAGGAAAGAAUUUCCUUAACCCCUCUAUACUGUGCUUUACAGUAGGGCACAAAUGUUCUGUUUCUUUAAGGGUGUGGAUUUGAACUUGCUGCCUGUUAUAUAUUUUACUGUAAAGGACAGUGAUUGGGAGUGGAUGUGGAGCAGCCUUAAAUUUGGUGUUUGUUGAUACUGAUUUUACUCACAAAAUAUGUGGUUAAUGAGGGAGUUGUUUUUAAUUUUCAGUCACAGUGAUCACAUCUUCCUCAGGCAGGGAAAACUAGAGUCUACAGUGGAGUUGAUCAAGUAACUCUCUGUUCAUGCAAAUCUCUCAUAGCCCUCACCAGGAGCUAUGCAAGAGUAAGAAGUGUGGGAUUAGAUUCAAUGCAGCUGUAUUUCCCUUUUGCUUUGCAGUUUAUACAAAGUAAUUAAGGGACUCUGAGCCCCUAGAAUCAGGCUUUUUGGGGUUAUCUAGUCAACCCUCCUGCAUUGUGGCAGGUUCACUUCUUGCAGGCUGGCUGGAUGUAAGGUCUUGCCUUGAAUCUACCUAGUGAUGGUGAUUUCCACAAUCUUCCAUUACCACUGGUUCCACUGUUGAACUGUUCUCCUAGUUACAAAACUUAUCCUAAUAUUUAGACCCUAUUCUCUUCUCUGCAGUGAAGGCCCAUUUGUUCUCAAACUUGUAAGUGAUGGUUCUGAGUUACAUGGGAGGACUGCUGGCUUUAGAGUUGCUGAAUGAAGGGCUGGAAAUAUCCCCAGGAACAUUUCUUAUUUCAUUUAUAAAGGACAACAUUUCCAUCCAAAUCUGUGUGUGGAGGGCAGAAGUGAGGGGGAAUGGAACUGAAAGAGAAGACAUAUUAAAGAUCCUAAUAUUUGUUUAAAAUAACAUUAUAAAUCAGUGGGCCAAAUUCCAGCAGUGGAGUUGCACCAGAGAUGAUGGAUGGGCUAACCCGUUGCCUUUAAGCCUGGACUUGCUAUACUUUAACUGGGACCCACACAGCUGUAAUCAAGACAGAUUGACAGGGGUACUGGAAUAAUUUUUAUAGUGGGGGUGCUGAGACCCAUUGUUUCAAACUAAACACUGUACAUAAUGGAAACCACUUCAAGUCAGGGGGUGCGGGAGCACCGCCCUCCCCCCAACAUCCCUAUUUCCAGCAUUUAUGCAGAUUGAUAUAAAGACUACUUGGAUUAUUGCUACAGAAUCUAAUGCCUCCCUUAAUUUGGACCAUGUGUAACUCAGCUGGGAUGUAUCAGUACAACACUGAGCUUUGGUGAGGUAGGUAUUACUACCCCUAGUUUACAGAUAAAAACUGAAGCAAAAUGUUGUGAUUUGCCAUAGGCCUCAGAGGGCAUCUGUGUCAAAGCCAGGAUAAGAAUUCACGAAUACCUGGUUCUAUGUGUUUUAUCCAGCCACCUACCUUACAGUUGAGCAGCUUUGCAAUGAUUUUAGGUGUGUAUGGGCCAUGGAAUAUGAGUCUUCAGAAAAAAUACCUCACAAUUAAAAGAUUUCGUAGUAUAAAAUAUGCAGGGACUGUUAUCUGGGGGAAAACAGAAACAAAAAACAAAUAAACAAAGCAAUCUGUGCAAUCCAUCGAAGUAUGAUCACAGCAGAGAAAUGGGGAUCAUCCCCGUCCAAACCUAGCUCAUUCUCAAAUAUUGAUCUAGAGUCCCAUUAAAAAUAAAUUUCUGCUGAUUGAAAACAGAGCCUCAUGCACUUCACUUGUCACUUUGCUCUGUCUCUUCUGCUUCUCUGUGUUGAGGACGCUCAUUGAGGAGCCAAAUAUAUUUUGGGGUGUGAUCCUGGAGUCUAUAUGCAAGCAAAACUCCCAUUGAAGUAAAGGAUCAGGAUGAGACCCAUGAGCACAAUUUUGUCUCCUUUGAAAUACGUGCGUACCAUUCAGAUUUCAGCCUUUUUUUCCAAGUUAUCAUUAACACUUAUUUUUUAUUUCUACCAGCUCAUGCUUGCUGACCCCAGUGGGGUUUUGCUGGGGUAGGAGAUAGCAGAAUUUCCCCAUCUUUAGAAAUAAAAUAUUCCUAAUGAGAACAUAAAAUCCCUGCCAUAUACAUUCUGUUUCUAAAGGGUUCUAAAUCCCACUUCUGAAUCUGCUACACCAGUUGUUCUCAACAGGGGUCCGGGACCCCUGGGGGGGUCGCAGAAGGUUUCAGGGGGUCUGCCAAGCAGGACCAGCAUUAGAUUUGCUGGGGCCCAGG